CACUAGUAUAGAGCUCGCGGCUAACUUGAUGAUUCAGAUUCAAUUUCAACGUAGUUAGUGUUCCAAUGCAACCUUGCAAAAAAGCUACAAAGUUUCAUACUAAUUUUGGAUUUAUCGACAGUAGGAAAAGUCGUAAAAAUGUCACCAGAUAUCCUAGUGAACAGCGAGGCCAAUGCACGUCGAAUACAAAUGGUCGAGAACUGUUUCGGCAGUUCAGGUCAACCAUUGUACGUACCAGGCAGAGUUCUGGUAGGUGAAGGCGUUCUCACAAAAAUGUGCCGCAAACGUCCAAAAGCACGUCAGUUCUUCCUAUUUAACGAUAUCCUCGUGUAUGGUAACAUAGUAAUUGGCAAAAAGAAAUAUAACAAACAGCAUCUUAUACCACUUGAAGAGGUUCAACUACAGGCCCUAGAGGAUAGCGGACAGUAUAGAAAUGGGUGGCUUAUAAGAACAGCGACCAAAUCAUUCGCAGUAUAUGCAGCAACACAGACUGAAAAACAGGAAUGGAUGGCCCAUAUAAAUAAAUGUAUUGAAGAUUUGUUGAGGAAAAGUGGUAAGAAGCCAGUCGAAAAUCAUGCCGCUGUGUGGGUUCCUGACAGCGAAGCUAAUAUUUGUAUGCAUUGCAAGAAAACACAAUUCACUAUGUUAAUUCGAAGGCAUCACUGCCGCAACUGCGGGGCAGUUGUUUGCGGACCAUGUUCGUCGAAGAAAUUUCUUCUUCCAGGACAAAGUAAUAAACCGCUUCGCGUAUGUCUAGACUGUUAUGAUAAUUUGAGCUCAUUGAAACGAGAAGAGAACAAAGGAAUAAACGCCAAUAAUAAUAAAAGCGUGACGUCUCCCGAAAGCUCUGGAGAUGAUGAUACUGAUGAUGAGGAAGAAACGAAAGAUACGCAUGAUCAGAGGUUUAGAAGUCAUUGUACUCCUACUGUUGUGUGUGUAUGAUAGGGAAAGGAUUCGGGUAACACCGAUUCUAAAACCAAAAAACCGCUUCGCUUUAUACGAAAUAUAUUAAAAAAGUGAUCAAUGCUGAGAACAAAAAGGAAUUCUACAUGUAAAUGAAAAACUAGGACAAACACAUCAGAUCACCUAUGAUACGUAACGAAAUCAUGAGUGAUACCAGUUAAGUUUUUAUCAUAUGUUUUCGUUAGGAAAGCCCGACAGAUUGACCAUAAACCGAUACUACACCAAAAUUCUAUGGUGAUGAAAAACCCGAGAAAUAACCAUUUCGUCGUACCGGGAAGCAAUCCGCCCACACUACCAACGUUAUGGAACCAGCACCAGCAGAGAUAAGAAGAAACAGAAUAAAACCACUCAUUGAUCGUCGAGUGGAAAGUUGCAGAGAAAUAGAAUAGUAUUCUAUGAAAAUUUAUUAUUGAACCCCGCAACACAAACACAAUCUAGAUAAAAAUUAUUGAAUUUUAAAUGCUAAUGUUAUAUUCUUGAAUGUUUUUUUUUAGUUUCGCCUCUACACCAUACAAUCAAAAUCCGAUGACCCAAAUGAUAUAAAUAUUUAUGCAAAGAGAUCCAUUUAUUAGUUGUAUAGUUUAAGAUAAUUUUUUAACGAAAUCAUUGUAGAUGUUAGUAGUUUGUACGACGAAUAUCAGUAAAAAAAAUACAAAUUAUAGCCUAGCUGCAUACAUGAGGAUCCUGUGAUUCGCCUUCCGAUAUGGGUGUUAAAACGAUAGCACUCCUCACAUUCGUUACAGAAUAUUCACAUACAUAAAAUGGAUAUGUCGCAAUAUUGUGAUCGGUGACAGUUUUAUGUGUUAUGGAAUGUUUUCCUAUAUUUCACUUGAAUCGUUAAAAGCUCGAGAAAUGUGCAUAAUCCUGUGAAACCAAAACAAUUUGAGAUACGGUCUCGACACGUCACAUAAUGAUCAGAGUGUGUAACUUCAUCAGCAAAAUCAUUCUCUUUUGUGUUAAGGUUAUUUGAUCAAGAUAUACAUAUAUUGAAAAAAAUUAAACUCAUCAAUAAAUAUAAAAAUUGCUCACAUUUUCGAAAA